GCACAAGCACCACAGGUAAGGAGAAACUGGAUGGGCUUCAGUUACAGAUGGGAGGACAGGCACAAAAGCUAGUGAUUGAAGUGGACACACGCUGGAACAGCACAUACCUCAUGUUGGAACAUCUGUUUCAACUGAGAGAGCCAGUGGCAGCAGCUCUGGCAACACUGAGAACAGACAUAACCCCACUGACUUCUCAGGAACAUCAGACAAUAGAGGAGUGUUUGCCCAUAUUGUCCCCAUUUAACCAGGCAACAGUGGAGCUCUCAGAAGAGAGAAGGGUAUCAAUUUCAAAAGUUAUACCCUUGAUGAAGAUGCUGUAUCAUACAGUGCUUGCUAAGUCUGAGCAUCUUAGUAAUGAUGUGGCAAGGCUGCUCUCUGAUAACCCUUUAAGGCGUAUCAGAGAAAAUGUGGCAGGCAAUGAAUCUUUAAGUGUCAUGACAAUGGCCACUAUGCUGGACCCAAGGUUCAAAACCCUUGGAUUCCUCAGCCAAAAUAAGGCACAAGAGGCAGUACGGCGGCUGAAGGCUGAAUGUUCUGUCGUGAUUGGAAACAGUGAAGCUGUUCAACUGCCAGGUCCAUCAGAGGCAGCUGAAGGUACCAGCAGCUCUGGUGAACUGUGGUCUCUGCUGGAUGCCACAGUGAAUCAGAAAAGACGAAGCUCAAAUGCCACAGCAGAUGCCAUUGUAGAAGUGGAGCGGUACCUGGCUGAAAAUAACUUGAGAAGAAAUGAGGAUCCACUGGAGUAUUGGCAUACACAAAAACAUGUGUAUCCUCAUUUAUACCACCUGGCACUAAGGUUCCUGUGUUCACCAGCGUCAUCAGUGCCUUGUGAGAGGGUGUUCUCUAAGGCUGGAGAGGUUAUCAGCAAAAGGAGGAACCGCCUCAAACCAGAAACUGUGAAAAAAGUCCUGUUUUUAAAUAAAAAUGAUUAA